AUGUGGUUUGUGAUAGGCUUGUAUUGUGGGUCCUGUGGAAUCAAAACUUCAGAUGAUGCCAAUCAGCAGCAGGGUACAAGGAAAGAGACAAGUUCUUCCGAAACAACCCAACAGGAAAGUUGGACAUCUCCACUAAAGCAAACUGGAUGGCCAAUGUUCUAUUGUCCCAUCUGUCACAUUCACAGUGCUGGAGAAAUUGCAAAGAUCCGUGAAGAAUGCAAAAAGGAAAGUUUCUGGUACAGAUCUCUUCCUUUGUCUCUUGGGAGCAUGCUUGUAACCCAGUGGCUAGCCUCAAAAGGCAUUUUCUCAGCAAGCCCAAGAUUUGGUGCAUUACCUAAGAUGGCAAUUGCUGAAGUCUUAAGUUUUGCCAUUGGAAAGAUGUCAUGCAUAGGAGAAUGCUAAAAAAAGUUCCAGAAGAUUGGUAUUGUACCAUUUGGUCCACAGCAAAAAGGGCAUUGUCAUCAUACUUUUAAGGAAUGUGAAGCAAAAUUGGGAUUGAAUGAGAAAGAAGGUUCAAUUCCUUCAGCAUCUUAG